GUUGAUGCUUCAGACACUCGAUUAACUGUCCCUUUCAGGGGAAUAGCUGGAAAAUGGCAGCUCCCGGUAGUAGCUCGGUUUGGAGUACCCCUGAAGUUCAAAAACACCACGAACAGCAGUCAGUUUGUCACACGAGACCCACAUAUAGAGAAGGGAGGAGACCCAAGGCAGUUAAAGUGUACACGAUCAAUCUUGAAUCUCGUUAUUUGAUGGUACAAGGUGUCCCAGCCAUCGGAGUGAUGUCUGAACUGGUGCAGCUCUUUGCACUAUAUGGGGUGAUCGAGGAAUACAGAGUGCUGGACGAGUACCCCGCUGAGCAAUUUACUGAAGUGUAUUUAAUUAGAUUGCAGAAAAUCCAGAGUGCAAGAGCGGCAAAAAGAAAUCUCGAUGAAAGGAGUUUCUUUGGAGGACUACUUCAUGUGUGCUACGCCCCUGAGUAUGAAACUGUUGAGGACACCAGGGAAAAACUACUGGACAGGAGGCGAUAUGUUGCUUGGUCGUUGCAUAACAAAGUGAAAGAACUGGAUAAGACUGAUCAAAACCAGGGUGAAAAAAGCAAAGAAGCCACAAUGGGACAGACUGCUUUGGAAACUCAGAAAUCCAUAGAGGCUUGUGUUGAAGGUGACAGAAGUGACUUUAGCAGUUUCAGAUAUCCUCUAUUGCCCCCUCCUCCGCAAGAGCGAUUUCCACCCUAUUCUGAACAGACAUUGGUGAAAUUCACAGCCGGGGAGGACAACAUGGGAUCAAAGUACCAUUUUAUGGACUCAAGUGAGCAGCCCCCUCCCUUUACAGUGCAGAAACCUUCCUAUCAUGAAAACACACUGCGGAGGGGGGCGCUCCCUGCUGCCAGAUUUAUACCGAGGACGACACAUUUAGAGAACAGAAAACGGAAAGCUGAAGAAGCCAGUAAGACUUUGUUUUCGGGAAUUGGGGGCAAAUGUGAAACUCUGAUUGGACCAAAACUACCGGAACCACCUAAACUGGAUAUGGAGGAUAAUUCCUUAAACAUCACAGCUGGUUUAAUCAGAAACACCAUGAAAAAGAUUUCAUCUGUCCCGGAGCACAAGUCAACAGAAAAGAAAUCUGCAGAAAAACCAAGAAGGAGAAUUUAAUAGAUGGAUUGGCCGCACCAGAAUAAAGUGUCCCACUGAACAUGUGGAUUGCAUAUAUGCACUUAGUAAAAAAUGUAGCUUGGGAACAACACUUGCUGCAGUCAGUGUUCCGGAGGAUUCUGGAACGCUUGCUGUUCAAAUGCACAGAUUCUCUGCAAAAGAAGACACGGGAGU